AUGGGCGUGCCUUGGAGUACGCAGGCCCAGAACUGCAGGCUGACAGGGAGAUCGUGCUUUCCGCCGUUGCUCAGCAUGGGCGUGCCUUGGCGUACGCAAGCCCAGAGCUCAAGCACGACAAGGGAGAUCGUGCUGUCCGCCGUUGCUCAGCAUGGACAUGUCUUGUGGUACGCAAGCCCAGAGCUCAAGCACGACAGGGAGUUCGUGCUUUCCGCAGUGGCUCAGAAUGGGCGUGUCUUGAAGUACGUAAGCCCAGAGCUCGAGCACGACAGGGAGAUCGUGCUUUCCGCAGUGGCUCAGAAUGGGCGUGUCUUGAAGUACGUAAGCCCAGAGUUCAAGCGCGACAGGGAGGUCGUGCUUUCCGCAGUAGCUCAGAAUGGGCUUGCCUUGGAGUACGCAGGCCCAGAGCUCAAGCGCGACAGGGAGAUCGUGCUUUCUGCAGUAGCUCAGAAUGGGCGUGCCUUGGCGUACGCAAGCCCAGAGCUCAAGCGCGACAGGGAGAUCGUGCUCUCCGCCGUGGCUCAGCACGGGCAUGCCUUGCAGUUUGCCGCAGUAGGUGCUCUGGUCGACAGGGAGAUAGUUCUCACUGCAGUUUCCCAGGAUGAAAGCGCGCUCUCCUUGGCGGCCGGUGCCUUAAAACGCGACAGAGCGUUUGUGGCAGCGCUGGCAACUCAUGUCGAUAAUGUGGAUUUGCUGCAGUGGGCUGAUGCCGCACUUCGUAGCGACUCGAUCUUUUGCAGCUGGGUGCGUCGCGCGCAACAUAUUGCAGUCGAGAAACGGCGCGCAUCUGACGCGGAGUCUCGCGCCCUUGAAGACAGUCUUCGGUGCAAAGAGGCGGCCAUCAAGGAGCUCCAGGAUGCGUUCGCCUCGUUGGCGGAUCGUUUCUCAACCGAGGUACGGACCCUCACGGAUAAGCUUCAGCGCCAGGAGAAAUCGAUCGAGGAGAUGAGUCACCGCUUUGCUGGUUCCGCAUCUGGUCAUACGCCAGCUUUGGAUUUCAUGAAGUUCGUGGAUGUUCUGCCAGGUGCACAGGAUGUAGCUCGGGUUUCUUGA